GUGCUGGGGCUAUCCAAGGACGCUUCUCAUGAAGAGAUAAAGAAGGCUUACCGACAGCGGGCGCUGCAAUUGCAUCCGGACAAGAAUCCUGGCAACGAGGACGCCAAGGCCAAGUUCCAACUCCUGCAAAAGGUCUAUGGGAUUCUUGGCGACGAGGAAAAGCGAAAGGUCUAUGAUGAGACUGGCAGCACGGACGAUGACGACUUGGCCGGCGCGGGUUUUGACGGGCUCGUGGAUUACUUUCGGGCGAUGUUUGCUAUUAAGACGGAGGACAUUGACGAUUUUACGGCUCGCUACCAAGGCAGUGCCGACGAGCGGUCUGACCUGCUGCGCUACUAUAACCAAUUCCGUGGCCGUAUGGAGGUCGUGUUUGAUCACCUCAUGUGCUCAGAUCCCGUGCUCGAUUCGCAUCGACUACGGGACAUCCUGGAGGGCGCUAUAGAAGCAGGCGAGAUCCAGCGCUUCAAGCCGUACACCGCCUGGGCAAAGUCGGUAGCAUCCCGGCCACGUCCG